AAGAACACCUUUGCAGAUGUUCGUUAUCGAUACCUACGUUUCUCCGAAGUUAUCAGAAUAUUUAGAAAUCUUAAGUCAAUAUUUUGAAAUACUGCGAUACGGGUAGUGUGUACCUACGUAGGUACCUAUUAACUUUCUUUUGGUACAUUUCAAUGUCCCUUUAAUUACCAUGCGUUUUUCACUAGUAACAUUUUGUAUUCUAGUAGUUGUCACGAAAGAAACGAUUGCGGAGAUUUCUAGCGGCGUCUUCACGAUCCACACGGAAGGAUGUACUAUUCCUGGUUUUCCGGGUGUUAGCGAAAGCAUUAAGUCCAUAAUGGAUGCACCGCCAGCGAUACGCAACUGCACGUCAAGCAGACAGCUUGUCACAACUAACUCAACGCAUAUCUGGGUUCUGCGUGAGGCUUUUUACUCCUACGACGUUUUUAGAGAAGAUACUUUUUACUGCUGCUAUAAGAAUUUUUCAGCAGUCGGUAACAUUGAAAAUAUAGUCUACAGUGAUUGCGAAGAAUUUUCAAAUGUGAUACCAGCAAAACAUGAGUUUGUGCACAUCGAAUGUUUUCAUUUGGACGGAGUAAUUUUCAGGGAUUUCUUUAUAUUCAAUCGCCAUGAAACAGUUACACCUAAUAGGUUUCGCAGUGAAGAAUACAACAUACUUGUACUUGGGAUCGAAAGCAUGUCACGACUUAAUUUUCAUCGCACUAUGCCUCAUACGUCAGAAUUUUUAAAACAAAAAGGUGUUAUCGAGUUAUUGGGCUAUAAUAAGGUUGGAGAUAACUCGUACCCUAACUUAUUUCCAGUACUAACAGGACUCUCAUUUGACUACGUGAAGCAGUCAUGUGUUCAUGGAAGUGUAAUGAAUAAUGACCAAUGUAAGUUCAUAUGGGAUAAGUUUAAAGAUAAGGGUUAUAACACAGCGCUGGGCUCCGACAGCACCGCGGGCCUGCUUGGCAACUACGAGUAUAGCCUGCCCAGUAUACCAACAGAUUUCUACUUACAGCCAUUUAUAUUCGAAACAAGAAAACUAUUCACAAACCAAAAUUAUAGUUAUCACUCUUGCAAGGGAUCUAAAUAUUUUUAUAGACUACUUCUAGAUUAUAUUUACAGCUUAACGCAAAAUUUAAAAUCAAAUAAAUUAUUUGGUAUGUUUUGGGAGGAAUCUAUAAGCCAUGAAAAUGUCAACAACCCACGCAUCAUGGAUGAGUCUUAUUAUAAAUUAUUAAGUAAUUUAGAUCAAGAUGGUUAUUUAAACAAAACCAUACUUAUACUAUUAAGCGAUCAUGGAAUGAGAUGGGGGAGAAUAGUGCUGACCAAGCAAGGCCGUCUAGAGGAACGUUUACCAUUACUCGCUAUACUUUUGCCAGAAGAAUUUAAAAGUCGUUAUAAACUUGCCUAUAAAAAUAUUGAAAAUAAUGUAAAUCGCCUUACUUCGCCAUACGAUAUUUAUGAGAGUCUUUUAGACCUAAUGGAUCCGGACAGGCUGGAAGACAACGUGAUCGGAUCCAGGUCUAAAUCUGCUUCUGUUAGUCGAUCUAGUCUUUUCCUCCCUAUCCCUGCAAUACGGAAUUGCUCAUCAAUAGGUGUUGCCGAGCACUGGUGCGCGUGUCGCGGCGGGGUCAAUAUAAAGGUCGGAAGCAAAGCCAAAACAUUCGUUGCGAACAAACUUGUAGCACAAAUCAACAAAUUACUUAUGGGCUACUCACAAUGCCAUAAAUUAAUACUGAAAAACAUUUACGAUGUACAUUUAGUAGAAAAUGAUCAAAAAUUGCGAGUUUAUACUGCAAGAGUUAAAACUAAGCCCGGUGGCGGUAUAUAUGACGGCACGGUUAUCCAAGAUGGAACGCAUUGGGUGAUUUCAGGAACAGUUAGUCGCCUAAAUCUAUAUCGGAAUCAAAGCUAUUGUGUUAAUAAUGCUGCAAUUAAAAUGUACUGCUACUGCGUGUAGGUAAUUAAUUUAGUUGAAUAGAUAAAUCUAUAUUAAUUAAGACCGACAUCAUUUAACACUAAUACAGCGGAUGUAAUGAGAUUAUGAAACAUUAAUACCUAAACAAAGAGAGCCGAAACUGGGGUGACGUCUUCUUGUCCUUUAUUUAUUUUUGAAAGGAAAGGGGUGCUACGAACUGACUACGAGCUACGAUCGUAGCUAGCAUGGACGCGAACGCGGUCAGCUGAAGUGCGUAGUGAACACAUUAAGCAAGUCGUAUAAAUAGGUACUUUAUGAUAUUGUUGUACCUAUGGUUGUAUUCAUAGAAAUCUGUAUGUAUUUAAUGAAAUCAACAAAAAUCUAUACUAAUGAAAUAAAAUAGGAAUAAUGAUAGGAAACAUUUUUUUUUGGUUUGUGUGUACCCUAAGUGUGUGGCUCCGAAACUACUGAACCGA